AUGUCUAUAAUAAGCAGCACCUUGUAUACUCCCCGUGCAGGUGUUCCUGCUUCUCAAAUCGUGGACAAGAAAAUAUCAGAAAGUCUUGUGGAGGAAGUUAAAGGAGAAGACAUGGGCGAUCUCGGGCAAAUGACUAGGGACCACAGAAAUGGCAAGGUGGUCCCCGUUCCGUUUGAGUUCGUAGAAGAGAUUCAAGGUAUAGCCAAAUCCAUGGAUAUGUCCUUAGACAGGAUCCGAUUGAUUAUCUCAAACAAUAAGGACCAGCCGGCUUCCGCCGGGUGUAGGGCUAUCCCCACUAUGAAUGGAUACUUGAUUGUGCCAAGUGCGAUGGUGUACAAUUGUAUGCUUGAUCGAUCGCGGAAUCUUUACCUCACCACCACUCCACAAAUAGAAGAGUUCCCUCGGUCCCAAACCAAACUGGUUAUGGCAGAUUCUGCGAAGUUUGUGAUUGCUCAUGAGAUCAGUCACCUGCAAAGCGAAGAUUUCUUGGUAAGAUGGAGUGCACAGUUUCUCGCAGUAGCAUCGAUCUUUGCUGUACCACAGUAUUGUUAUAGGCAAAAGAUUCCUAUCAAGUUCGGCGUGUGGCUGGCCACGGUGGGUAUAGUUCCACUAUUCUUUGGUCUCAAAGCACUGACAAGGAUACAAGAGACCAACGCGGAUGUUCAAGCUGCAAAGGCGGGGUACGUCGAUGGAGGCAUAGCUUUCUGGCGCGAUCGCUUGGAGUUCGAAGCGAGUGUGCGUCCAGGCAGCACAAUCCAACAACAGUCGACUAUGCGAUGGUGGAAGGACCAUCCCCCACACCACGAACGGUUAGCUCGUAUGCUGUAUGAGAGAGGUCGAAUACGAGAGCACAGAACUCGAAGUGAACAAUAAUAAAAUUAACUGAUCAACGUUUCG